GGGGAAGUGACGCGCGCGGCCCGGGAGCUGGGGACACGGAGGCCGACGGAGCCGGAGUCGCGGACGCCGCGGGGUCUCCGGGACAGGAACCCCGAGUGCUGUGUCCAGAUUCUGCAGGGAAGGUUUGCUGGGACCCUGGUCCCAUCCUGCCAGCGGAAUGUCGGCCACACUGGAUCUGAAAUCGAAGGAGGAGAAGGAUGCUGAGCUAGAUAAGAGGAUCGAGGCUCUUCGGCGGAAGAAUGAGGCCCUCAUCCGGCGCUACCAGGAGAUUGAGGAGGACCGUAAAAAAGCUGAACUCGAGGGAGUAGCGGUGACAGCUCCCCGGAAGGGCCGCUCAGUGGAGAAGGAGAAUGUGGCAACGGAAAUGGAGAAGAACCUGGGUCCCUCCCGGAGGUCUCCUGGGACCCCUCGGCCCCCAGGGGCCAGCAAGGGAGGCCGGAUCCCCCCUCAGCAUGGAGGCCGGGCAGGCAUGGGCCGGGCAGGCAUGGGCCGGGCAUCCCGCAGCUGGGAAGACAGUCCCGGGGAGCAGCCUCGAGGAGGAGCUGGGGGCCGCGGCCGGAGGGGUCGGGGCAGGGGUUCCCCUCAUCUCUCUGGAACUGGAGAUGCCUCAACUGCCGACCGCAAAUCCAAGGAGUGGGAGGAGCGGCGCAAGCAGAACAUUGAGAAGAUGAACGAAGAGAUGGAGAAGAUUGCAGAGUACGAGCGCAACCAGCGGGAAGGAGUGCUGGAGCCCAACCCAGUGCGGAACUUUCUGGACGACCCCCGGCGACGCAGCGGGCUCCUGGAGGAGCCUGAGCGGGAUCGUCGGGAAGGCAGCCGCCGGCACGGGCGCAACUGGGGGGGCCCUGACUUCGAGCGGGUGCGUUGUGGCCUCGAGCAGGAGCGGCAGGGCCGCCGGGCCGGCCUGGGUGGCACUGGGGACAUGACACUCUCCAUGACGGGCCGAGAGCGGUCCGAGUACCUGCGCUGGAAGCAGGAGCGGGAGAAGAUCGACCAGGAGCGGCUGCAGCGGCACCGCAAGCCCACCGGCCAGUGGCGGAGGGAGUGGGAUGCUGAGAAGACUGAUGGCAUGUUCAAGGAUGGCCCAGCCGCGGCCCUGGAACCAUCCCACCGCUACGAUGACCAGGCCUGGGCCCGGCCUCCCAAGCCCCCCACUUUCAGGGAGUUCCUGUCCCAGCACAAAACUGAGGUCAGCCGCAGAAAGAGGAAGAGUGGCCGACCCCAGGCCAAGGCAGCCCCCCGUGCCUACAGUGACCACGAUGACCGCUGGGAGACGCAGGAGGCGGUGUCCGCAGCCCCUGAGCCCGCACAGCCUGCCACCCCUGAGGAGGCGCCCUCGCAGCCGCCCGAGAGCCCGGCCCCUGCCCAUCGACCUCCUGAGGAUGAGGACGAGGAGGAGGGCGAGGGCGAGGACGGGGAGGGCGAGGAGUGGGAAGACAUGAGCGAGGAUGCGGAGGAGGAGGAGGAGAUAGAGGAGGAGGAAGAGGCUGACGAGGAGGGAGAAGAACCAGCCCGCGACCACCGACCCCACGAGGCUGAGCCCAGCGGGAGCCCCAGCGGGAGCCCCAGCGGGGAACGUGGUGACGAAGAGCCCGCUAGGCCGGAGGAGCCCCUGCCGCUCCCCCAGGCCCCUGCCACGCCUUCCAGCCCCUUCUCGCCCACCGGGGGCCACCAGCCUGUGUCCGACUGGGGUGAAGAGAUGGAGCUGAAUUCUCCUCGGACCGCCCAUCUGGCUGACGCCCUCUCUCCGGGAGGUGACCAGCCAGCCCCUGCCUCCUUGAAGAGUGGGCCCAGCCUCCCAAGAACCGAGAAAGCUGAAGAGGAGGGGUCUGAGGCAGCUCCAGAGGCGGACCCUGAGGGCCAGGAGACAGCGGAGAUCACCGACUUCCAGAGGGCCUCCCUGAAUUCCUGAAGACGCUGCUGGGAGGGGACUGAAGCUUCCCCGCCUUGAUGGGGAGGGGGAGGCAGGAGGGGCUUAGUCUGGAUCUCCGGGCUGUGCUCUCCUCCCCGGAGCCCACUCUGGACCUCAUGGUUUUAGAGAGGGAGAA